GAAGCUUACAUCGCUUUACAUGGUAAUAGUAGUGUGAUACACAGAUCGAUCGCUCAAAUGUCUUCUAAUAUAUUCUACCUUUGGAAUGGCGGAGAGGAAAAAGCAGGGCAAGCGGAACAACUCGUGAUUGAGGAUCCGUCUACGGGCGAGACAAUCGCGCAUUGCCACGCGGCAUCUAUCGAAGAUGUUAAUGAUGCCGUGAACUGCGCCCACCAGGCUUUUCUGUCCGGUAUCUGGUCCAAGGCUCCGCGUCAUGAACGAGCGGACGUUCUUGACAAGAUCGCUGAGCUUUUGACAUCCAACCUCCCAAGACUCAUUGAUCUGGAAGUUCGCCAAACAGGACGCGCAAUACGGGAGAUGAGAGCGCAAGUCCCGAGCUUGGUGAAGUGGUUCAAAUAUUAUGCGGCUCAUAUUCGCACCGAAGAACGAGCUGUACUUCCAACGGUCGGAAAGCUGCACAAUUGGGUUGACCGCAAGCCAUUGGGGGUCGUUGCACAGAUAACACCAUUCAACCAUCCUAUGCUCAUUGCGGUCAAAAAGAUUGCACCAGCAUUAGCAGCAGGUAACGCCGUCGUCUUGAAGCCAUCAGAAUUAACGCCCCUCACGUCCAUUGAACUUGGGAAAUUGUUUAAACAAGCAGGUCUACCGGACGGCCAUUUCUUUGUAUUGCCUGGUGAAGGUUCUACGACAGGAAGAGCGCUUGUUGAACACCCGCUAGUCAAGAAAGUGGACGUGACUGGUGGGACUCCAGCAGGCCGUGCAAUUGGAGCGAUAGCGGGCAAGAAUCUUGCCCAUUUUACUGCAGAACUUGGAGGCAAAGCUCCUCUCGUGGUUUUUGAACAAGCCGACAUUGACUUAGCUGUCAACGGGAUUGCCUUUGGAGGUUUCAUUGCCAGUGGACAAACAUGUGUCGCAGCUACGCGCGUGAUUGUCCACAAUAGCAUCAUGGAAGCCGUGACUGAAAAGUUACUACAGAAAGCGGAGUCGAUUGAGAGGAGAAUGGGGUCGCCAAGCAACCCAGAGUCUACAAUGGGCCCACUGAUAUCUGCGAAGCAGCUUGUCAACGUGCGAAGUCUAGUGGACGACGCUCGCGAGGUGGGAGCCCGAGUCCUUUGUGGCGGACAACGAAUGACUGGUCAAUCUGUUCUAGAUGGGACAGACUUCUCUCACGGCUAUUAUUAUCCUCCAACCGUACUUACGGAUGGAUCAACUGUUAAGAUUACAGACGUCCGAAUCUGGAAAGAAGAAGCAUUUGGUCCCGUCCUUGUAGUCGCUGGCUUCGACAGCGAAGAGGAAGCCAUUGCGCUUGCGAACGACUCAGAGUUUGGUCUCGGCGCUGCUAUCUGGACGCAAGAUCUUUCUCAGGCUUUCAGAGUUGCGGAAAGAAUCGAGGCGGGUAUCUGCUGGGUAAAUACUCAUCAUAGGAAUGAUCCAAGUAGUCCGUGGGGUGGAAUGAAAAACUCUGGCGUCGGAAGUGAGAAUGGCAUUGAUGCUUACAAUGCGUACACUGUUGCAAAAAGCACAAUCAUCAACUUUGCAUCUGCAACCGAGAGUCUUCAGACCGAGGACUGGUUUAGAGAAGGGUCUGGCAAUGUUCGGUAUGGGUAGUUACAUUUUUCUUGAUGCCCAUGUGGUGGAUGGAACACACGUGAUUGCGCUCAAGGAAAGGGUAUAUAUUCAUGUAUACGCUGUAAGCAUAUGAAAGUUCCAAUAAGGAACUAAGGGUAUUCUCAUCUCCGAAAAUCUAUCUACUAUACAACCUUGUAAACCUAUGUUCUAGCAGCUCUAGAUGUUUUUGUUUUGCGAAUGCCUGUCAUC